CAUUGAUCAACUUUGAAGAGAGAGAGAAAAAUGGCAGCCUUUUCAUAUCAAUACCAACCGGUUCUUCUCGACUCCAUGUUCUUCCCCAACAAUUCCUACAAAAUGGGAGGCUUUUUGGAUGACCCAAAUUUCAACACCAAUUGCUUCUCUCAAUUUCAAGAAGAACAACAACAACCCAUUUACCAUUUCCCCGACAUCUCCAACCAAACCCCUGAAUCUUCCACUUUGGUCGACAGAUCCGACAGCGCCGACCCGCCGGCUGUCACUGUCACCGUCACUUCCCCUUGUAGUAAGAAAAGAAAGAGCCGGAAUACUUCCUCCGCCACCUCCGCCCAUUCCAAGGGCACUACAGAGACCACCGCAAAGAAGCAGAAAAGUAAAGUGGAAUUAGAUGAACAUAAAGAAGGAGAUCCAAAGCCCAAAAAUGGGAAGAAAGAGGAGAAAAAAGCUUCAGAAGAAGACGGUGCUGCAACCAAAGGCUACAUUCACGUCAGAGCUCGAAGGGGCCAAGCUACUGACAGCCACAGUCUAGCGGAGAGGGUGAGAAGAGAGAAGAUUAGUGAAAGGAUGAAGACAUUGCAACGCCUUGUUCCUGGUUGCGACAAGGUUACAGGGAAGGCCCUGAUGUUGGAUGAAAUUAUAAAUUAUGUUCAGUCCCUACAAAAUCAAGUUGAGUUUCUCUCCAUGAAACUCGCUUCUUUGAACCCAAUUUUCUUCGACUUCAGAAUGGAUUUGGACGGCCUUAUGAUUCAACCAGAGACGCCGUCGUUGAGUAGUAUAACGCCACAACUUCCGGUGAUCGACACCACCCCAACUCCGGCAAUCUCCGCCCCAAAUAACUUUCCCCUAAUGGACCCUUCAGCUAAUAGCAUGUUUCUACUCCAACCAGGGAUGAGCCCGGCCGCCUACUCCCCGUCAUCUCAGGAUUACGUUAAAGUUUCAUCAUGGGAUGUGGAAGAACAGAAACGAAAGCUUCUAAUUUCAUCGGGGAUUGGCGACAACUUGUGUUACUUCCAUUGAAGAACAAGAACAAACGCUGAAUAAAGUGGAAGUAGGGGAAAUGAAUGGACGACAAACACAGGGAAUAGUUCCUCUGUGGCUGCUCAAGUUUCGAGAAUCUACAGUGAUUUUUUUAGAUCAGAAAAUAAAUUUAUUUACUUUAAAUGUAUUAAAUGUUUUAGUGUUAGAUGAUAAACCAUAUAUAAUUUCAUUAAUGUUUGUAAUUUCCAUUCAUCUGUUAAUAUAUGCAAAUUUUUUC